UUUCCUCCAUAUUUGCAUGCAAAAAAAAGAAUGUUUAAUUCAUUUUAUCAUCACUGCCAUUUUAUCCUUCUCUCUUCUCUGUGUUUUUUGGAUGAUGAGAAUGCAGAAACACAACAUCAAUAAUUAAUUGCACCAUGGGAAACAACAUGGCUUCAUCACCAUCCUCUCCUCUCCAUUGUUCUUCUUCAUCAUCAUCUUCAUGGCACUUUAUCAAAUACCUCGCUGGAUCUUCACCCUCUGAAUAUGACAGCAAUUCAAGCACAAAGCCCACAUGUACCCAGAUCCUUCUAGCCUCUUCCAUUGGAUUCAUUUUUGCAGCGGUCAUGCAUUUUCGCAUCAAGAAAAUCAGGGACCUGAAAAUUGUGCCAAGAGUCAAAGUCUCUGAAUCAGGCCAGAUCCUCAAGCUUGAAAGAUUUUCUCAUUAUGUAGCUAGGCAAAUUGGAUUUGCAGACAAGAGAGAGUGCCCAAACUUAUGUAAAUUAGCUUCUGAUUAUAUAAGAAAAAUAGAAGGGUGUGAGGAAGAAAUAUAUAAUUUCUUUGCUAACGAACCGGGAGCGGAUUCUCUGUUCAUAAAGCUUGUGGAAGAGCUUGAAAGAUUGAUCCUUAGCUAUUUUGCAUUUCAUUGGAGUCAAGCUUCUAAUAUGAUCAGCCAGAUUUUGAGUGCUACUGAUUAUUCUGAGCCAAAAAAGAAGCUUAAAAACAUUGUCAUGGCAGCUACUAGGGAGCAGAGAUUUGAGAGGGUGACAAAGAAUCUGAAGGUUGCAAGAGUGUUCACAACCCUGGUGGAGGAGAUGAAAGCCAUAGGACUUGUUGCUGCUGAUGAUUCAAAAUGCACAGAUGUGAUGGUACCAAUGGCUCACAAAGAUAGGAGCCCUGUCCUCCUCUUCAUGGGUGGUGGCAUGGGAGCAGGGAAAAGCACUGUGCUCAAGGACAUUCUCAAAGAACCAUUCUGGGUUGGGGCUGCUGCCAAUGCUGUUGUAAUAGAGGCAGAUGCCUUCAAAGAAUCAGAUGUCAUCUACAAAGCCCUCAGCUCCAGGGGCCAUCAUGACAUGCUUCAAACUGCAGAAUUGGUGCAUCAAUCAUCUACAGAUGCAGCAUCAUCUCUGCUUGUAACCGCGCUGAAUGAAGGGCGAGAUGUGAUCAUGGAUGGCACGCUUUCGUGGCUACCAUUUGUGGUGCAGACAAUAACAAUGGCUAGAAAUGUGCAUCGGCGCCGCUAUAGGAUGGGAGCCGGGUACAAGGUGGAAGAUGAUGGAACUGUGACUGAGAACUACUGGGAAAGGAUUGAUGAGGAGCCUGACCUUGUUGAUGGGGUUAAAAAGAGAAGGCCUUACAGAAUAGAGCUGGUUGGGGUUGUCUGUGAUGCUUAUUUAGCUGUCAUUAGAGGAGUAAGGAGAGCUAUAAUGUGUAGAAGAGCUGUGAGGGUAAAUUCACAGCUAAAGUCCCACAAGAGGUUUGCAAAUGCAUUCACAACAUACUGCAACUUAGUAGACAAUGCUAGACUGUACAGCACUAAUGCUCUUGAAGGCCCUCCCAAGUUGAUAGGAUGGAAGGACAGGGAAAGGACAUUGUUGGUUGAUCCAGAUGAGAUAAAUGUGCUAAAAGUGGUGGGGAGGUUGAAUGAGGAUGCAGACUGCAUACAUAAACUCUAUAACCACCCUCACCCAGCUUACCAGAAAGGUGCCUUUUGGAAAGACAUUGUGAUGUCACCUUCAAGGUUGAGCAUUCAGAAGGAGCUCAAAUACUCCAUCCAGAAAAUUGAGGCCUUCUACUCUGCUAAUCAUGAAUAGAAUAGUA